AUGACGGUGCACAAGACGAGGGCGCGGACGACGACUCGGGCGACGAGGAUGACGAUGAGGACGACGCAGACCGGCCUGAUGGGCGCGUUCGGUCGCAAGAACGAGAGCUUGAACCAGCAGAAGGACAACGAUUCGACAAAACGGAUCAAGUACUUGUUGGGAUUGACAGACCUUUUCCGCCAUUUCAUGAGUAACAAUCCCGACUACCAGCGUGUUCUUGCUGAAGAGGAAGAGAAGCGGAUGAGCAAGAAGGGCAAGAAGAAGACCGCAGCAGAGAACCGGCGGCGGCGGACCGAGCAGGAAGAGGAUGCCGAACUACUACAGGACGAAGAAGGCGACCCCGAGGCCCGCACCAUAUUCACUGAGUCGCCAAAGUACAUCAAAGGAGGCGAGAUGAGAGACUACCAGGUUGCCGGCCUGAACUGGCUGAUCUCUCUCCACGAGAACGGUAUCUCUGGUAUCUUAGCCGACGAGAUGGGACUGGGAAAGACUCUGCAAACAAUCUCAUUUCUUGGAUAUCUUCGCUACAUUGCCGGAACUACCGGUCCUCAUCUUAUCACGGUGCCAAAAUCCACGCUCGACAAUUGGAAGCGUGAGUUUCAGAAAUGGACUCCCGAUGUCAACGUGUUGGUGUUGCAGGGAGCCAAGGAGGAGCGCCACCAGCUCAUCAACGACCGCGUGCUCAACCAGGACUUUGAUGUCCUGAUCACCAGUUACGAGAUGAUUCUGCGUGAGAAGGCCCACCUCAAGAAGUUCGCCUGGGAGUACAUCAUCGUCGACGAAGCGCACCGCAUCAAGAACGAAGAAUCGACACUGGCACAGAUCAUCCGUAUUUUCAACUCCAGGAACCGAUUACUCAUCACCGGAACCCCUCUGCAGAACAACCUCCAUGAGCUCUGGGCCCUGCUGAACUUCUUGCUUCCUGAUGUCUUUUCGAACUCGCAGGCUUUCGACUCGUGGUUCGAGGGCCAAGGUGGAGACCAGGACGUCGUUGUGCAGCAACUCCACAAGGUCUUGCGACCUUUCUUGCUCCGUCGCGUCAAGAGCGAUGUCGAGAAGAGCUUGCUGCCUAAGAAAGAGGUUAAUCUGUACAUUGGCAUGUCCGAUAUGCAGAUCAAGUGGUACAAGAAAAUUCUCGAGAAGGAUAUUGAUGCUGUCAACGGUGCUGCGGGCAAGCGUGAGUCGAAGACUCGCCUGCUUAACAUCGUCAUGCAGCUCAGGAAGUGUUGUAACCACCCAUAUCUCUUCGAGGGUGCGGAACCAGGACCUCCCUACACUACCGAUGAGCAUCUGGUUUUCAAUUCUGGAAAGAUGAUCAUGCUCGACAAGCUCCUGAAGCGGAUGAAGAUCCAGGGCUCGCGAGUACUGAUCUUCUCGCAGAUGUCGCGUCUCCUGGACAUCCUCGAGGACUACUGCGUCUUCAGGGAAUACCAAUACUGUCGGAUCGAUGGUUCGACCGCUCACGAGGACCGUAUUGCUGCCAUCGACGAGUACAAUAAGCCUGACAGUGAGAAAUUCAUCUUCUUGCUGACCACUCGUGCCGGUGGUUUGGGUAUCAAUUUGACGAGUGCCGACAUCGUCGUGCUCUACGACUCGGACUGGAACCCUCAGGCAGAUCUGCAGGCGAUGGAUCGCGCCCAUCGUAUCGGACAGACUAAGCAGGUCGUUGUCUACCGGUUCGUCACCGAGAAUGCCAUUGAAGAGAAGGUUUUGGAACGUGCUGCGCAGAAGUUGCGUCUUGACCAGCUUGUCAUCCAGCAAGGGCGAGCCCAGACUGCUGCGAAAGCCGCCGCCAACAAGGAUGAGCUUUUGUCAAUGAUCCAACACGGUGCCGACAAGGUGUUCAAGAGCGAGGGCAAGAUUGAGGCCGAUAUCGACGAUGCGGCUAUCGAUGCGCUGUUGAGACACGGAGAAGAGCGAACCGCCCAGCUAAAUGCAAAGUACUCGGCCCUUGGAUUGGACGAUCUGCAGAAGUUCAGUUCCGACUCGGCGUACGAAUGGAACGGUGAGAACUUCGCGGCUCCGGCCAAAAAGAGUAUCAUCCAGAACUGGAUCAAUCCCGCGAAACGUGAGAGGAAGGAGCAGAGCUACGGCAUCGACAGCUACUACCGCAACGUUCUCGCUCAAGGCAACAAGCAGGCGGAUAACAAGCCGAAGGCUCCCCGUGCACCCAAGCAGGUCAACGUCUUGGAGCACCAGUUCUACCCGCCAAGAUUGCUCGAGCUCCAGGAGCGUGAGACCGCCUAUUUCCGCAAGCAGCAGAACUACAAGGUACCGCUUCCGGAUGGCGACGAGGACCAGGCGGAGCGGGAAGCUCAGCGCGACGAGGACCAGCGCAUCAUCGAUGAGGCCGAGCCACUCACUGAGGCUGAGAUGGAGGAGAAGCUCCAACUCGGUGAACAGGGAUUCUCGAACUGGACUCGCAAGGACUUCCUCUCGUUUGUGUCUCUGUCAGCCAAGUACGGCCGCAAAGCCACAGGCGCCAUCGCCACCGAUCUUGAGAGCAAGACCGAAAAGGAAGUUAGGGACUACGCCAAAGUCUUCUGGACUCGCUACGAGGAAAUGCCGAACUGGGAGAAGUACAUCAACCAGAUCGAAGCAGGCGAGGAGAAGGCGGCCAAGAUCUCGCAGCAGAAGAAGAUGCUCCGCAAGAAACUCGAGAUGUACCGUGUCCCGCUGCAGCAGAUGAAGCUCAACUACUCCGUCUCCACCACCAACAAGAAGAUCUACACGGAGGAAGAGGACCGCUUCCUCCUGGUGAUGCUCGACAAGUACGGCCUCGACUGCGAGAACCUGCACGAGAUCAUUCGGGACGAGAUUCGCGAGAGCCCGCUGUUCCGCUUCGACUGGUUCUUCCUGUCCCGCACGUCGCUCGAGAUCUCAAGGAGGUGCAACACCCUCAUCCUCACGGUGCAGCGCGAGUUCGAGGAGAACCAGAUCCCUAUCCCCGGAAUCGGCGUGCUGAAGAAGAAGGGGACUCACGCCCGCGACGACGAAGAGGAGGAUAAUGGCGACGCCCCCCCUGCGAAGAAGGGAAAGAGUACUGCCUCCACCACUGCCGCCGCCGCCGCCGUGACGAAUGGAAAACCCAAGAACAAAGCCCUAGAACAAGCCAAGAAGGGCGGAGCCAGUGCACCCGAGAGCCGCGGCACUAGCACCGCCACGAGCCGAGCCAGCAGCGUCGACACCAAGCCCUCCACCACCAGCACGUCCAAAGCUACCGCCGCCAGCAAGAGCAAGAAAAAAUGA